AUGGGUAGGAUUUCUCGCCCUGAGCCGCUGGGAUGUAUCCAAAUGCCAAUCAUCUCCCAUGCCGCAUACUCUAACACUCCCUUUGUUGAAUCAAUCGUAGUGACCGACCACUGCACGAAAUCAAAAAGAAGGGCCGUCCUUCGACCCAUUGCUCGCACUGCAAGGAUCUACGCAAGGCGAAACAUGUUCAAGCCCGCUGUAUCUGCGGCCGCCAAGAUGGAACUGGAAGAGCAACAACUACAACAACAGGCAGCGGCGUAUCAUCAACUUGGAACAGCUUCACAAGACUUUGCCGCUAAUGGUGCUCACAGCUCGCCUAGGGAUUCGUUGCCACAUUCACUCUUUACACAUCAACUGCAAGGACAGCAGUCAAGGCAGAGCCCAGAUGGGAGUGUCAGCUCCAGCCCGAACCUCAGUAUCAACGGAACAUUUGCAGGAUUGGCUCUUCAUGGGAACGACCCUUCAGCAUCCAACUCGCCAAUUGUUUCAAUGCCCAUGACCGGCUACAGACAAUCACACCUUUGUUAUGACUAUGCCAGCUCGUCAGAUUGCGAGAGCGACCAGUUCAACCCUCCAACCCAAGUCUUUUACCCCAAUGCCGGAUAUGCUAUCAGCAACGCCUCUGACGACCUUGGCGAGCGGGAUAUGAAAACUAUCCACGCCCAUCAAUCAACACCCAACUUUAGCUCGUCGUCUUCCUCUUCAAUUCACUCAUCGCAGCCAUUCUCGACAAACAUACCCCCGUCAUCAUCAUCGACAUCAACAAAGUCAUGCUGCAAGCCAUCCAACUCGACUUCGUCUCCUGCAAUCUCCUCCUCAUCAACUCCUCCUCCUCCUCCUAUGCCCAUAGGUGGCGGAUGCCAAGGGGCACCAGGAGCUGCAGGAUGCGGUUGUGCCAUCUCCCCCACAAUGUGUUGCUGCGGCGAGUUCUGUGCUUGUCCAGGGUGCCUUGCUUACCCAAACAACGCGCCAGUCCAGGGCUACCGGGAGGCCGCUUAUUCCAGUAGCAUCCCCAUCGAUACCAACCAGGGCAGCUUUAAUAAUGCCCGGAGCGCAACGGAUCAAGCACCUACACUAAAAGGAUCUUGCUGCGGGUCUACAAAGACAAACACCAACACCGACGAUACUUCCGCCAAUGCAGGAGCACGCGCACUGAACUUAGGCCAUGCGUUAACUCUAAUUGGAGCGAGCCACCAGAACGGAUCGGCGGCCAUGAACGACGAGAUGCGACAGGCUUUGCAACAAGGAUUUGGCGCGAUGGACCAAGCUACGCUGGAUUCAGUCAAGAUGCAGCAUCCCACGCUCCUUGGCAGUAACGGUGUUCUCAUCUGUGGGUGUGGCUGUGGUCGUCCCACAGUCGACUGUGCGGAUUGCUUCCGGGACAUGUGCGAGUUUGUCGGAGAGUCGCAGGCCAAAAUGAUGAAGGACGAGCUUGAGUAUGAGAUGUCGAUGAACCAGGAAGGAGGAUACCUGGCAGAUCUGGGGUUGAACAUGAACAUGUCGAGUGGCAUGAAAUUGAGUCACAGUACGAGUAUGGAGCUGGACGAGGAGAUGGAGCAAUUCAACCAGGAGGACUCGGACCAACGACAGCAGCAACAACCACAAAGGAAACUCACAGAGCAGGAAGAGGCACUUCGUUUGCAGCUGUUGGAGCAGGAGCAGAUGGAGUUGUCCAAACUUCGGCCGGCGACUAUUAACCAACUCCAACUGGAUUUCUUGGAUGACGAGGAUUGGAGUUUUGUUGAUGAGAUCCGGACAGACCAUCUUGACGCUCUCAGCAUUCCCAGACCUCCUCCAUCAUAG